AUGCCGUUUCGACCGUCGCCGAACGGGAACAAGGGCAAGGGAUUUUUAGAGUUGUGGUUCGGCAGGGACGAGGCGAACGAGGGUAAGAUACGACCGGCGCCCUAUUUGCGAAUCUUGGCGGUGAUACCGUUCGUGAUUCCGUUGAUGGGGACGAUUGCGUUCACGCACAGCGCGUACGAGUUUUUGCCGCUGUUCAAGCACGCGAUGUUCAUCUUCGCCCCGGCGAUGCAGCUCUUUUACGGGAACUCGUUCAUUCCGUUCAUGACCUUCUUCGCGCUGUUCUUGCUCGUCGUGCGUAACGAGAAGAUUCCGUACUUUGUGCGGUAUUGCACCAUGCAAGCCAUCUUGCUCGACAUCUGUUGCAUGCUCGGCGGUUUGAUCAUGCAAUACAUGCCGAUUUUCAUAAUGGUGAGCUGGGUCGGCGAGUGGAUGGAGCUUUGGAUCUUCGUCAACUCGUUCUUCGCGCUCGGGUACUCCAUUUUCAACGCCCUUCAGGGUUUGAUCCCCGAAGCGCCGCUGAUCUCCGAAGCCGUGUACGCGCAAGUCCAGGAAGCUCGCGACACGGGGUACAUGGAGGAGGAGUGA